UACAGUGGAAAUAAAUUAAAAAUAAUGGUCGUUGCAAACAUAUUAAAAGCAUMGCUUGUUGUCAGUUGUGUAGUAUUCAUUUUGUUUUUUAUUAUGUCAUUCACACAGCUAAACCGAGACAAAGAUAAAUUCAAUAAAUUCAUUAAAAUGUACAAUAAGAGUUACAUGAACGGAACAGAACAUAAUAUGAGGUUCAAACACUUUAAGAAUUCGUUAAAAACUAUUCAACUUUUGAGUAAAAAAUGUAAUGGCUGUACCAAUUAUGGGAUCACAGAAUUCUCAGAUUUGUCAACAGAAGAAUUCACUAAAUUAUACCUUAAUUCAAUCACUUUAAGGAYACCACGUACAGGAACUUUUAGUAUGGUGAGAUCAAAACGAUCUAUUACUACAGCAACCUUAUCUAGCAUUGACUGGAGGGAUAAAGGAGUAGUGACUUCAGUUCGAAAUCAAAAAAAUUGUGGAGCAUGUUGGGCAAUAAGUGUGGUAGAAUUGAUUGAAUCUGUCUAUGCCAUUAAAACAGGAUUGUUACAAACAUUAAGUGUACAAGAAAUGUUAGAUUGUUCUGGAGGAAUAAACCAAGGAUGUAAUGGUGGAAGUAUUGUAUAUUUACUUCUAUGGUUGRUGGAAAAUAACAUUACUGUGUAUAAAGAAGAAAAUUAUCCAACUAUAUACAAAGAUCAAAUAUGUACACUUGAUAAAACUUUUGAUAAGGGAGUAAAAGUAAAAUCGUUUUUAACACUUAACUUGAUGGGUCGUGAAGAUUUAUUGUUAUCCUACAUAUCAAAAAGUCCAGUUUCUGUAGCUCUUAAUGCAUUGCCGUGGCAAUAUUAUGUGGGUGGUGUACUCAGCCAAUGUGAUAAUAGUAUGGCCUCGUUAAAUCAUGCAGCAGAAAUAGUUGGGUACAAACUUGGAGAAAAUCCAUAUUAUAUUUUGAAAAAUUCUUGGGGAACUAAUUUUGGCAAUGAUGGAUAUAUUCACGUAGCUAUUGGAAACAAUGAAUGCGGAAUUGGAUGGGAAGUUGAUGUUGUCACAAACGUCGUUUAGUCAUAAUAUCCGUUGUUAUAAAAAUUACUCUUGCGUG